GAGGCGAUUGCAUUUGCGGAAAGUACAAGACAAAGCGCCGUGUAUGAAUCAAAUAUCAAUCAUGAUACCAAAUUCAAAAAAUCAGAAUAAUUAUUAGUCAAACCCUCCUCAUCCUUAGGCCGGAAAAGAUAAACAUCUCUGUUCCAUCUCCGGAGCCAUGAAGCUUCUCUUGGAGCUCAUAUUAUCGACAGUUUUGAUCGUAUGUGGUGGUCUCCACUCCCCCAAAGUACAAGCCUUCAAAGCGCCUAUUCGCCCCACAGACGUACUGCCGCUGCUGCCGAGGCAAAUUUCAUGGCCUAUACUGAACAAGCUCAAUAGCGCUGUUGACCUUCUGCCCUCGUUUGUGGGGGCUGCUUCCGCCACCAAUAAUUCUCUUUUGCAGUGGAAAGGAGCUUGCUUUUAUCAAAACACUGCGUGGCUGGUCUUCCAUAACAACAGCGGAAGUCAGUGGGGUGGUGGUACUCUCCACAUUAAGGUUAGCGAAGCCCAUAGUUGGACAUGUAUGGACCUUUAUGUUUUUGCAACUCCAUAUCGUGUAACAUGGGACUACUACUUUCUGUCUCGGGAGCAUACACUUGACUUCAGUGAGUGGGAAUCAGCAGCUGAGUAUGAAUAUGUCAAGCAUACGGGUGUUGCAAUUUUCCUGAUGCAAGCAGGGAUGCUAGGGACGCUUCAGGCUCUAUGGGAGGUGUUGCCUCUGUUUGUGAAUUCUGCAUGGGGCGAGAGCUCUAAUGUUGCAUUUCUUGAAAAGCACAUGGGUGCUACCUUCGAAGUACGACCAGAACCAUGGGUUACCAACAUUACUGUUGAGGAUAUCCACUCUGGUGAUUUCCUUGUAUUAUCCAAAAUUCGAGGCAGAUGGGGUGGUUUUGAGACCCUAGAGAAGUGGGUGACUGGAUCUUAUGCCGGUCACAGUGCAGUCUGCUUGAGGGACUCAGAUGGAAACCUGUGGGUUGCAGAAUCGGGGCAUGAAAAUGAGGAGGGAGAAGAUAUUAUUGCUAUCCUUACAUGGGAUGAGUGGUGGGAAUAUGAGCUGACAACAGAUGACGCCAAUCCACACAUAGCGCUUCUUCCUUUGCAUCCUGAUCUCCGGGCCAAGUUCAAUGAGACUGCUGCCUGGGAAUAUGCAAAGAGCAUGUCAGGGUUACCAUAUGGUUACCAUAACUUGAUUUUUAGCUGGAUCGACACAAUCAGUGGAAAUUAUCCCUCACCUCUGGAUGCUAACCUGGUUGCUUCUGUUAUGACUGUUUGGACUCAGAUGGCUCCUGCAUAUGCUGGUAACAUGUGGAGUGAAGCAUUGAACAAACGACUUGGAACUCAGAAUUUAAGUCUUUCUGAGGUUCUUGUUGAAGUUGAGAGACGUGGAUCAUCUUUUGGUGAAUUGUUGGCCAUUCCCGAACAAGACGAUUGGGUUUAUGUCGAUGGGAAGUCAACUUCAUGUAUUGCUUUUGUCUUUGAAUUAUACAAGGAAGCAGGACUGUUUGGGGAACUUGCAAGCUCUAUUCAAGUAACUGAGUUUACGAUAAAAGAUGCGUACUCGCUGAAUUUCUUCGAUAACAAUUCAAGCCGUUUGCCUAAGUGGUGCAACGAUGGGGACACAGUAAAACUUCCCUACUGCCAAAUUAAAGGGAAAUACCGUAUGGAGUUACCUGGAUACAAUACCAUGGAUCCUUAUCCCCACAUGAACGAGCGGUGCCCGUCGUUGCCACCAAAGUAUUUAAGACCAGAAGGCUGCUGAGCUACUACAUUGUCCUGGUAGUUAUGCAGGUUAUUGUGGCUUGAAUCUGAUAUGUAUAUUCUAUUUGAUACAAACUGUAUACAUCCUGUAUAUUCUAGUUAGUUAAUUUGUAAUACUCAAACAAGUUUGGCAUGCCUAAUUCUAUCUGCCAACUCGAGAGUAGCAGUAGCCCAUCAUUGUAAAAUUGCACAGCCCAAAGAUAAUAAUAAUAAUAAUAAUAUUUACUAGUCUCCCUCAAAA